UCCCGGGACUCCGAGGACCCAGAGGCUGCAGGCCGAGUCUGGGCUGAGCUGCUCCCGGGCUGCCCGCGCGAGCCCUCCUUUCCAGCAUGUUGUGGCGGGGCGGCCAGGCGCUCCGGCGCUUCUCCACCAGCCGAAUUUGUUUCAAAAACAAGCUGAAAGUGGCACUUAUUGGUCAGAGCCUCUUUGGACAGGAGGUCUAUAGUCAUCUCUGCAAAGAAGGCCACCGAGUCGUGGGAGUGUUCACAGUUCCAGACAAAGAUGGAAAAGCUGACCCACUUGCAUUGGCUGCAGAGAAAAAUGGGACCCCUGUGUUCAAGUUCCCUAGAUGGAGAGUCAAGGGCAAGACCAUAAAGGAGGUGGCAGAGGCCUACAGAUCCGUGGGUGCUGAGCUCAACGUACUUCCCUUCUGCACACAAUUCAUCCCCAUGGACGUAAUUGAUGGCCCAAAGCAUGGUUCCAUCGUUUAUCACCCGUCUAUCCUUCCCAGGCACAGAGGAGCUUCUGCUAUCAACUGGACUCUAAUCAUGGGAGAUAAGAAAGCUGGGUUUUCUGUUUUCUGGGCUGAUGAUGGUUUAGACACAGGACCCAUCCUUCUCCAGAGGUCGUGUGAUGUGGAGCCCAAUGAUACCGUAGAUGUGCUUUAUAAUCGAUUUCUUUUUCCAGAAGGAAUCAAGGCCAUGGUGGAAGCUGUCCAACUUAUAGCUGAUGGUAAAGCUCCUCGCAUUCCCCAGUCAGAAGAAGGAGCAACAUAUGAAGGUAUCCAGAAAAAGGAAAAUGCUGAGAUCUCUUGGAAUCAGUCUGCUGAAGCUUUACAUAACUGGAUCCGAGGUCAUGAUAAAGUCCCUGGAGCUUGGGCAGAGAUAAAUGGACAGGUGGUCACUUUCUAUGGCUCAUCAUUGCUGAAUAGCUCCGUCCCUCCUGGAGAACCACUGGAAAUUAAAGGUGCUGAGAAGCCUGGUCUUGUUACCAAAAAUGGACUUGUUCUUUUUGGUAACGAUGGAAAAGCACUGCUGGUGAGAAAUCUGCAGUUUGAAGAUGGAAAAAUGAUUCCUGCCUCUCAGUACUUUUCAUCGGGUGAGAUGCCAGUGGUGGAACUCACAGCUGAAGAGGUGAAGGUGGCAGAGACCAUCAAGGUCAUCUGGGCUGGAAUUUUAAGCAAUGUCCCUGCUAUUGAAGCUUCAACAGACUUCUUUAAAUCUGGAGCAAGAUCAAUGGAUGUUGCCAGACUGGUUGAAGAGAUAAGACAGAAGUGUGGAGGGCUUCAGUUACAGAAUGAGGAUGUUUAUCUGGCCACCAAAUUUGAAGACUUCAUCCAAAAAGUCGUGAGGAAACUGAGAGGAGAGGAUCAGGAAGCAGAGCUAGUGGUGGAUUAUGUUUCAAAGGAGAUCAAUGACAUGACAGUAAAAAUGCCAUAUCAGUGUUUCAUAAAUGGACAGUUCACAGAUGCUGAAGAUGGAAAGACUUAUGAUACUAUCAACCCAACAGAUGGAUCUACAAUAUGCCAAGUAUCCUAUGCCUCUUUGGUGGAUGUUGAUAAAGCAGUAGCAGCAGCAAAAGAUGCCUUUGAAAACGGUGAAUGGGGAAGGAUGAAUGCACGAGACAGAGGAAGACUGAUGUAUCGACUUGCAGACCUAAUGGAAGAGAAACAAGAAGAACUGGCAACCAUCGAAGCUCUCGAUUCUGGGGCUGUCUACACCUUGGCUCUGAAGACUCACAUUGGAAUGUCUGUGCAGACAUUCAGAUAUUUUGCUGGCUGGUGUGACAAAAUUCAGGGUUCCACAAUUCCCAUCAACCAGGCCCGUCCAAAUCGCAAUCUGACCUUUACCAAGAAGGAGCCUCUUGGAGUCUGUGCAAUUAUCAUCCCUUGGAAUUACCCGCUGAUGAUGCUGGCAUGGAAGAGUGCCGCGUGUCUGGCAGCAGGCAACAGCUUAGUGCUCAAGCCAGCACAGGUCACGCCCUUGACUGCUUUGAAGUUUGCUGAGCUCUCUGUUAAAGCAGGCUUUCCGAAGGGGGUAAUCAACAUCAUUCCAGGCUCAGGCGGUGUAGUGGGACAGCGCCUUUCAGAGCACCCUGAUAUCCGCAAACUUGGUUUCACUGGCUCCACUCUGAUUGGCAAGCAGAUCAUGAAGAGCUGUGCUGUGAGCAACUUGAAGAAAGUUUCCCUUGAACUUGGUGGAAAAUCCCCACUUAUAAUAUUCAAUGACUGUGAACUUGACAAGGCUGUGCGAAUGGGCAUGGGGGCAGUAUUUUUCAACAAAGGAGAAAACUGUAUUGCAGCUGGUCGGCUGUUUGUGGAAGAAUCCAUCCACGAUGAAUUUGUGACAAGAGUGGUGGAAGAAAUUAAAAAGAUGAAAAUUGGUGAUCCACUUGACAGAUCUACCGACCAUGGGCCCCAAAAUCAUAAGGCCCAUCUGGAAAAGCUUCUGCAGUACUGUGAAGCUGGAGUGAAAGAGGGGGCCACCCUGGUGUACGGAGGAAGACAAGUCCAAAGGCCAGGCUUUUUUAUGGAACCUACUGUCUUCACAGAUGUGGAAGACCACAUGUAUCUUGCCAAAGAGGAAUCCUUUGGGCCUAUCAUGGUCAUUUCUAAAUUCCCAAAUGGGGACAUCGAUGGAGUGUUGCAGCGAGCAAAUAAUACAGAAUACGGCUUGGCCUCAGGAGUUUUUACAAGAGACAUAAAUAAAGCCAUGUAUGUGAGUGAAAAACUAGAAGCAGGAACUGUUUUUAUUAACACCUACAACAAGACGGAUGUGGCUGCUCCUUUCGGUGGAUUUAAGCAGUCUGGAUUUGGAAAAGACUUAGGCGAGGAAGCUCUAAACGAGUACCUCAAAACCAAGUCUGUGACGCUGGAAUACUAGAACAGUGCCAUCCUCGGGAACUCCUCGCAGGCCCGCCACUUGUCAGCUCUCCCGCUGAAGAAGCCCGGCUGCGCUGAGGACAGAGGUGUCAGCCACCCUCCGAAAAACACACACACGGACCAUGAAGAGGGUGGGGCCACGUGUCUAAGUAUCUACACCUGUGCCUGAGUAUUUUUCUAAUACCCCUUUUAUACCUUAAAAUGAUGUUGGGUUUUGACUAUGUUAUAUACCACACAUAUUUCUAAAAUAUUGAGCUGUUUUUUUUCCCCCCACCAAGACUAAUCCUAAUCCAGGUUGUUCGUUUUGCAAACAUCAAUAUGAGGCAGUUAUAGUACAGAAAGUUGGGAACCCUUGUAUAACAGGUAAGGUUUUAACCUAUGAACCAGGCAUGUGGGGGUUAUUAAAAAGAUUUUCUGUAAUCUUUGAAAUAUAUUUUUUAAUUGGAGGAUAAGUGCUGUACAAUAUAGUUGGUUUCUGCCACAGAACAAGGCAAAUCAGCCAUAAUUAUACGUAUAUCACCUCUCUGUUGAGCCUCCCUCCCUUUCCCUCAUCCCACCCAUCUAGGUCAACAGAGGGCACUAAGCUGGGCUUCUGUGCUGUAUACCAACUUCUCACCAGCUAUCUAUUUCACACACUGUAGCGUAUACAUGUCAAUACCACUUUCUCCAUUUGCCCCAUUCUUUCUUCCCCUAUUAUUUUGCUCUCAAGAAACAGUAUAUCCCCCAAGGAAAGUGAAGGAAGUUUUUUUAUUUUCUUUCAGAAAUAAGAUAUAUCUUUAUGCCUUUGAUGUUCUAUUUUUCAACCCACUGUGAUAAAUGACCAGCUCAUAAACAGUUCUUGAGUACCUACUAAGUCCAAGGUGCUAUAUUAUGUCCUGAGGAGUACACAAAGUUUAAUGACAUGAUCUUUGACCCCAGAUAGUUGAAAUUCUUGUCAACAGCUUUUAAAGUGAAUUUUUUACAGUAUGAUAUAUUAUAAAGAAAGUAGCUUUUGGAGGCUGAUCUUGGUUCAUAACAUACUAUCUUACUAUCUAUGUGACUUGGGGAAACCGAUGCAAUUUCUCCAAGCCUUAGUUUCCUUGUAUGUAAAAUGAGGACAGUAAUGCCUCCCUCAGGAACCUUAUGAUGAGGUGAGGAUUCAAUGCAAUAAUCUUAGUAAAGCACCUUGCACUGGGCUUUGUUCAUGGUAAAUACUCAAUAAAGGGCAGACUGGUUACCUAAUAUAUCAGUACAAAGCCGAGAGGUGGAAUCUAUAAAAUAGGGAUAAAGUUCCUAUUUCAUUAGGUAUUGUAAGGAUUCAAUGGGAUUAUAUACAUAAUGCACCCUACAGGUGUCUAGAUCAUUCUCUGUGCUCAAGAAAGAGGAAUUGUUACAACUCAUGAAGCACUUCAUAAUUGCCUGUUGUCAGACAAAAAUAGGUGGAUAAAUAGUCCAGGUAUGACUAGCAGAAGGUGAGAGCCUAACUUGAAGAGUCUCUAGAAGUUUGUCAGAGCAAUUAAUUUCCAUUAAUUCUCUUUUUAAAGUAAAAUUUCAGUAAACAUUCCUAUCUCUCUGGCUUUGAAGAAGCCCUUAGGGAUUACUUACUACUUUGGAACUCAGCAAUUUAACCAAGAAGAGUGUAGGGAAUUGUUAAUCAAUAAACAACAAUAACAAAAUUCAGGGGCAGAAAACUUUCAAAAGGAAGAAUAUUAGGUAUGAUCCUGGCAUGAUAAAUAGAGCAAAUUUUGCCUGUAAGCAAGUUGGCACAGGUAAAAUUCUAAAUUUGGACCCAACAGGGUCCAAACUGACAGUUCAUAUUUGAAUAAAAUGACAAAGUUCUUAUUAUAAAAGAACCAUGUUUUAAAUGCAGUGUUUUUACUGAUUUCAUGUGAUUUAAAAUAUCACUUUGCCGAAUAUUUUACUGAUAGAUGAAAUGGCAAAUAAAAACAUGCCCAUUUCUUUUAGGCUGACUUUUAUCUUCUAAUAUUAAUCUCAAUAGCAGUGCUUUUAAUCUUUGCGGGGGGGAGGGGGUCAUAAACCUCUUUUGAAAAUCUGAUAAAAUCUAUGGAUGCCCCUGUCCAAAACUCACACCUUCACACCUAAUUCUGCAAAUAUCUUCAAGAAACUCACAGACCUCCUAAAACCCAUGCUUGAGCUCCAGAUUAAGAACUCAUUUUUCCAUAGUGAGUUUUGAAGUUCUUAGUGGCUUGAAUUUUUAUAUCCGAUUGCUGACCAGAAUCAAAGGCUACAUGGAAUUUAUAAAAGACAAGUGAAUUUGAAUGAGAAUAUGAUGAUACACAGCCUACUAGGUAAUUUAAUUAACAUACUGAGUAAUUUAUCACCAUUUCUUCACAUCACUGAUUAUUUUGCUAAAGGAUAAAGCUGUGAUUUGUUCCCCUAACUGGGGAGUUGAGAAGGUGUGGACACUUUUAAACGUUCUAUUUUCCUUCCAUUUCCUAGUGUUGCCCUUUUGUUCAAACACCCUUCCUGGCCUUUCCAGUGCUCAGCUUGGUUUUAAGUCUCUCCUCUAUACUUUGUCUGGAACACAGUUUUUACCACCUGGUGCUGGAAUGAUUGGUCUUCCUAAUUAGAUAUGAGAAUCCCUUCCCCACUCCCAGGAUUGGCAUCUGUCAAUAAUGACAGCUAUCACUUAUGUAGGGGCUGCUGUAUGCUAGUCACUAUGCUAAGCCAGCUUACUUAAACUUCACAUCUGAAAAGAUGAAUAAAUCAAGGUGCUCUUUUUACUGGCUCCACCCCCACCAAGAGGUUAUUGCGUUUCCUGACUGGCCUUCCUGAUCCCUCCCUGUGUGGUUCAAACCCUAAGUCAGAAUGUGUCACUCCUCUGCACAAAACCUCCUAAUGGCCCCCAUUUUGCUUACAAUAAAGUCUACCACUUACCAUGCCUGCAAAGUCCUAUCAACUUUGUUCCUGGCUACCUCUGACCUCAUCUCCUAUCAUCUACCCUCUCAUUCUGUUUAGCCACCCUGGCUGCCUUGAUGUUCCUCAAACUGAUCAAGCACACUCCUAACUCCUAAGUGCAGGGCCUGUGCACUUACUGCUCCUUGUUCCCAACAGUGUGCUGGUAAAUAUUUAACAAGUGGCUCUCUGGGGAAAAAAACAAAAACAAAAUUCUGACUUGUAGCAUUUUCUGAUUUCUGUGUAUAAAUGCUCUCAUAUUGGCUGCUUUCAAGCUACAAACUUCACUGAACACAGAACUGGGAAGAGAUGAGUGUGAUUAGAACGAGUGUGAGCUAGAGCCAGUACACCACUGCCUCUUUUUGAAACUUGCCCCACACGCCACCUCCCAACAGGCUGCCUCAUCUUCUCUAGGUCUCUGCUCGAACAUCAUCUCAGUGGAGGUCCAUUCACUGAUCACUCCUCCUAAAACUGCACAUAAGAUUCCCACACCCACACCUCAUUUGUCCUCUCAUUUUGUUAUUUGCCUUCUCCUGCAUUGUUUUUGCAGCACUUAUCACCACCUGGUUAUUAAUCAUCGAUCUCUUCCCAUUAGAACUUAAGCUUUGUGAACAGGGGCUUUUGUUCAAUGCUGUAUCUCCAGUGUCUAACACAUAGGAGGAGUUCAAUAAAUAUUUGUUUUCCAAUGAUGGAGGUUAAGUAACCUGCCCAGAUCAAACAGCUAUUCGGUGGCAGAGCAGGCACUCAAGCAAUGAAGCUGAAAGUCUUUUAACCAAGCUAAGAUCCCAUUGUUGCCCAUAACCAAAUCAGACCCUGGAUAAUGAAUAGUAGGCAUGUGUUAAGUAUUUGUCAAAUUCAAAGCUAAACUGACUGGAACAUGAACUGUGAGAGUUUUUGUGGAAACGUCAAGAGACAGGGUGAGGAAACAAAUUGGUUUCCCUAUACCUGCCUUUUUAAGAAAACAGAAGCUCUCAAGGGAACCUGGUCUAGAAGUAGGUUAUCAGAAAUGAACAUGAUUGAAAGGAUGAAUUAUUAUGAUUAUUACUAUUAUGCAAAUAAUACCUAAGUGGAUUUUUAAUGAUUAAGUCACACCUUAUUUUGUAAAAAUAUUAAAAUGAGAAGGUAAGAUUCAACCACUCUCCACAAAUAACCAGACAUCUGAGAUUGUUCCAGAUUUUUUUCUAUGAGUAUACUUUUUUUUUAGAACUAGUAUAUACUGUACAUAACUUUAUCUGCUUUUUUCAAUUAAAAAUAUGUAACCAUCUUUCUAUGUCAAUAAACAUACCUCUAUAUAUGUUCA